UCGCUGACGAAAGUAGGAAAGGUUGUCAAUCAUCAUGAGUAUGCCAGUUGUGUCCAUUAUUGCCGCGUGACGUAAUUAGUUAAUUAAGGGUUUCCAUGGUAACAAAAAUUUGUUAUAAUAACUUGUGAUAUAUCACAAAAUGAGUGAUAAUGUUAGUGUUGUGAGUGUUGAGAGUUCAUGUACCUCACCGGAUUCACCAAAAGGAUUGAGAAAGUCUGUGAAUAAGAAAAAAAGUAAAGGAAGACCGGUAUUUCUAUGGAGCGUUAGUGACGUCUCAAAAUGGCUACGAAGACACUGCCCAUUAUAUUACGGACUUUAUGGUAAUUUAUUUGAAGAGCAUGAAAUAUCAGGUAGAGCAUUAGUUCAUUUAAACAGCAGAAAGUUAGACCAGAUGGGCAUAAAUAAUGCUGAUCAUAGAUCUGAGCUGAUGAAUCAGUUUUUACGACUGCGCCUUAAACACGAACAAAUGGAACUAAGAAAUUUGGAUAGAGGAGUGAGUCUGUGAUAUUGAAAAAAAAAUAUAUAGAGAGUAUGCACCAACAUCACAUUGCCAUGACAACCUUCAAUCCAGUAAAUUUUAUUUAUUAGUGUGUAACUUCAUCACCUAAAAUGUAUUUUUAAAAAACAGAAACCAUGCAUGACGGACACGUGUAUAUACUUUGCAUG